AUUGCAGUAUAUUGAAAAACUUAAACAUUUAAUGGAAAUGUAACUAUACGAUUAUUAGGAAUAAUUUAUUUUUUAAAUUUGCUCACCAAGUUGUGAUGUAUUAAAGGCAAUAACAACAAAUUCACUUAUAUGUUAUUAUUUAAAUUUAAAUAAAGUUAAUUACGAUUGUUUUUUAAUAUAUAUAACUAAAACAAUGAUAUAAAUGACAAUUGUAAAUACAUUUAAAAUAGACUGACAGUGACGAAUGCAUAACAAACAAUAUAUAAAAGCAGAUAAUAUAAGAAAAUUAAUUAAUAGUUGAUGUUGAUAAAAGCUUGGAUAUUGUUAAUUUAUUAAACAUUUGAUUAUAUGUAAUGUAAGCAGAGUUAAUUUUUUUUUAUGUAAUUUUAAAAUUAAAACGACUAGUAUAUUUAAAAAUUCUAACAUUAAAACUACAUUAAUACAUUCCAUAAAUGUUUACUCAAUAUUAUUUUUUUUAAUGCUUUAUGGGUAAUGAUUAAUUUAAAUAAUAAAUCUCAAAAGAAGCCACCAAUUGUAGCGUGUAGUGAUAUUGUGAUGAAAUAGCUUCAGAGAGCUCAUUGCUACAUUACACACUUCCUUCCAUCUCUCUCUAUCUAUGUCCAUCUCUUUGUAGUUUAUAAUUCCUAGCAUUAUUAGAUCCUUUAUGACUAUUGAACCAUUGUUGCUUAGGUCUGCCUAAGGGUCUCUUUCCUCGUAUUUAUAUAUAAAUAAAAUUUGCAUAUAAUUUUAUUAUUUGGACACCAUGCCUGAUGUUACAAUCAAAAGAUAGUAAUUUCAAGUAAGUUAUUCUUUUCCGUAUAAAAGUUCUAAAUAUAUUUAUCAAAUUUAUAACUCAUCUCUUUCAAUGUAAGAGUAAUUACACUCAAUAUUUGAAAAGAAAAGGAUUUAAAGUCAUUAUGAGAUCGUAGGAGAAUUAAAGAUCUUAGUUUCGUCUUCCAUUUCUAAUUUCUAAUAAUUAUAAUACUUGAUUUAAUUAGCGCAGAUUCUUUCGUUAUUAAACAGUGCGCAGUUAAAUAUAUAACAAUAAUUAUACAUACAAUAAUACAACUUUUUAACCGCAUCUACAGUUAAAAAGUUUACGAUUAUGUCUUAUCAUUUUUUUAAACUACCGCCAACAGAGAUAAAGAUAAUACGUUAUCUGAUUUUGAAAUCGCCAAUCAUCAUAAGUCAUUAUAUUAUCACGUAAUUUUUAUUGAUUUUUUUUAUGUGUCCCAAACUUUUGGUUAAAUUUUUUUUGCAUUAUAUUUUACUUAACUAAUCAUUAAAAUAGUUUCUAGUAUGUCUAAUGAAAAAUAAAAUCUCAAGAUACCUAAUUUACUAUAGUUUAAGUGUUAUGAUUUUAUUAUUUUUAUAAGCUAUUUGUUAUAAUAAAAUUUGUCAAGAGAGUUUAUCUAAAACAAUGUCUAGAAAAAUUAACAUAAAAAUAUCGGAUGAUGAAGAAGAGGAUAAACUUGAUUUUCCUUCAUUAAAUGCUGAUGAGGUUCAAUGGGAUUCAAAACAAAAGAUUGCUCUACUGAACAGUAUGAUAAAUCUAAAACCUGCUGGUAUACACAAACACUUGAGUAUGCUUUUAAUUAGAGAAAAUGUUAGUAAAAGUCUCAAGACUAAUAUACCUUCAGAAGCAAUUUGGAAUUUUUUGCAUUCUCAUUGGAAAAUGGAUAUUGCUGAUGAAAUAGAAAAUAUUAAUAUACCACACACAAUACAAGAUUUUUCAUUACCAAAUGAUGAUGACUGGACACAAUUGAUUGAAGAACAAAAAAUGAUUAUAAAUUCAAACAAAAAAGCCAACAAUUGUGAUAUUAUUUACAAGAAUUCGGAUGUGAAAAUUCUUCAAACUGUAAAAGUAAUAAUUGAAAAAUUAGAUGAUCAAAAUUUGCCAUUAUAUAUGUCUAAAUUAAAUGCAUUAAAAAAUACUUUGAAAUCUGAUUAUUCAAUACAUAAUUCCUCCAAUGUUUUAAUAAAAAAUACGGACAAUACUAGUAAAACUAAAUUGGGAAAAUCUACAUCAGUAGCUGUCUAUAGCAAAAAUAAAUUUAAUGAGUCUCAUCCCAGUAAUAAUAGUUCUUUAAUUUGUGUGAAAGAAAAUAGAUGUUCAAGUUUAUCAAAAAAAAGAAAGUUAAAUAUGUCUGUUUGUUCUACAUCUCUUUAUAAUGAUACGGAUAAUUUGAACCAAGAGACAAAAUCACACAUGGUAAUAAAUAAACCAUUCACUAGAAGACAUUCAUUAAAUUUAUUGAAAUGUCCUGCAAUCAAACUCUUGCAUCCUGUUAAUUUAGAUAUUGAAUUUAAAGAAGAAGUAAAAAACUUACAGUCAAUAAAUUCAAUAAAAGUUUUAAACUGUGAAAGGAAAACUGAUUGUUCUAGUUCUAAAGAUUUGCAUCCAUCAGGUGUAUCAACUAGAUCAAAAAUGCUUGAUUUCAAAUCACAUUCUUCUGGUUUGUUUUAUGAAAAAUUAAUUUUUCCUGAAACAGAAAAUUAUACAAACAAACAACUACCAAUUAAUAAGAAAGCAAAGUCAAUGACAUCCAAAGUACAAAAUUCAAAUAAUCCAAUUGGAAAAUUCAGUAAAACAGAAAAUGUACAGCAAACUUGUUAUAAUAACUCUUUGACAAAAAAAAAUACAAAUAAAAUGUUUAAGAUGUCUUUAAAAAAAGAAACAGAAGUUAAAAAAAAAUGCAGACAUAAUAAGUGUUGAGCAGUAAGUAUAGCAUAAAAACGCGAUCUCAUUUAAAAACAUUAGUCAAGGAAUAAAUGAGAAUGGUAAGAAAAAUAAAAGUAUGGAAAUUAAAUAUACUUCAUAUUUUAUAUUUGUUGAGAAUGGU